CUUUUCAGUUGGGGCGGUUGUAGCGCCCCAAUCGAAUUUAAUGUAUGGCGCGCAAAGGAAAUGGCGACCAACGAUCCUCAAAACGAAACGACAGAGUUGGCUUGUGUCGAGGAGACCCUGAUGAGCCUGGAAAAAUUGGAUCGUGCUUCGCCCGAUUUAUGGCCAGAACAAAUUCCAGGCGUGAACGAGUUCAUUGCCCAAAACCUACCACCGACAGAUCAGGGCUCGUGGUCUACUGCUCUGACGUCCGAUGACCUCAAUCAACUGCACCAGCUUGGAAAUUUGACUGUGACCAGUCUAAUCGCAGAGGUGAAGAAACUCCAUGAUGAGGCCUAUCAGCUUGGCCUGGAGGAAGCCAAAGAGAUGACGAGAGGAAAAUACCUGAAUAUAUUCAAAAACAACAAGUAGCAAGUACCCCCCACUCUACCCCAUAAGAGAUAUUUUUUAUAUUAAAUAAUUCAUAAAGCAAUCAUGAAUUUUCUGUAAUCCACC